CUUUUCCAAGAUAAGAUGUCUCUUGGGUUUGAUACAAUUGUAAUUGGCUGCGGUGUCUUUGGUUUAUCUACGUGUAUAGAGUUGGCUGAAAGAGGAUACAAAGUUUUGGCCCUUGACAAGUAUCAACCUCCUUCACCUUUAUCUGCUGCAAAUGAUUUGAAUAAAAUCAUAAGAGUUGAAUACCCGGAUAAAUUAUCUGCCCGGUUAGCUGUUGAAGCAUUAGAACUAUGGAAACAACCGCCAUAUAAUGAAUGUUUUGUAAAGACAGGAAGGCUUACCCUUACCCCAGAUGAUCCCAAUUCGAAUAGAAAUAUCUAUGAAACUAAAAGUUCUCAAAAUUUAGAAGAGUUAGGAGUCAGACAAAGAAUCAAAAAGAUUAAAAGCCUGAAAGAAAUUGGUGAGUUGAUUCCAGAAUUUAAAAAUAAUACGCUACCUGAUACUUUGAACGCAACUUAUAAUUAUGACUGUGGUACUGGUUUAUCAGGUAAGUCAAUCAAAGUUGCAUUUUCAGAAGCUUCUAGGUUAGGGGUUGCAUUUGCCUUUGGAGACGACGGGGAGGUUAUCAAGGUUGAUUCUCAUCAGGUUACAGUGAAGUCAGGGAAAGUCUAUGAGGCGUCCAAAGUGAUUGUAUCUGCUGGUGCUUCAACGGUUUUCUUGGUUCCUUUGGAUUCUCAGAUCAAUGCCUGGGGUGGGUUUGUAGCUCACAUUAAGCUUACAGAGGAAGAAUACGAGAUUUACAAAGACAUUCCAAUAUUCUUCAGUGCAGAAUAUGGAUAUUUCUUCCCACCUGAUGCUGAAACUCAUAGAAUUAAAAUUGCCCUUACUACAUGUGAUGCAUUUGCAUUAAAGAGAAUUGAUAAUCAAGAUACCAAGGUGCCUAGAUUUCAAACUGAAUACCCGGAUACUGUACCAAAAGAUCACUACAAUGAUAUUAUGAAACUGAUUGAGUUGGUUCUACCCGACUUGGCGUACCAUAAACCUCAGGAUUUCAAAACUUGUUGGUGUGCUGAUACUUCAACCAGUAAGUUUUUAAUUGAUGAAUGUCCUUAUUUUGAAGAUGUUUAUGUUGCAUCUGGAGAUUCUGCGCAUGGAUUCAAAUUCUUGCCUAACAUUGGUAAAUAUAUAGUGGAUAAGAUUGAAGGUAAGCUUGAACCAGAAUUAGACGAGGUUUGGCGUUGGAAAGUCAAGCCCGAGUUUCGCCAAACAAUUACAAAUAGACAACCAAGACCCAACUUAAACUUAGCUGAAGUUGAGUUUUUCAAAGAUUGAUAAAAAUGGAUUUUACAUGUGUAUAUAGAGAUACGGAAAUAUAGACUUGUGAUAGAAUAUUGUAACAAAUCUGUAGCUAUAGGCAGGGGUAAUGACUGCAAAGAUCGAAUCACAUCGUAUGUAAACACUCAGUAGACUUUUGGUUCUGCAAAAAGUACAAAACUGCACCAAUGAUAUCUUGAUUCUCUUCAAAAGACUCGGGUGUAAUUCCGAAAUCUUU